CCGGACCCUCCGGCGGCGGCGGCGGCGUCUGGGGGAGGGCAGCGGCCGCUUGGCUUUGGCGGACCCGCCGCCCCCCUCACAGCCGUCGCCAUGUGCGAGCCCAGCAAGCAGGACAUCGCCGCUGUCUUCAAGCGGCUCCGCUCCGUACCCACCAACAAGGUAUGUUUUGACUGUGGAGCAAAGAACCCGAGCUGGGCAAGCAUAACCUAUGGAGUUUUCCUCUGUAUUGAUUGUUCAGGGACGCAUCGAUCACUUGGUGUUCAUUUGAGUUUCAUCCGAUCUACAGAACUGGAUUCCAAUUGGUCUUGGUUUCAGCUGAGAUGCAUGCAAGUUGGAGGAAAUGCGAAUGCUUUUGCUUUUUUCCAUCAACAUGGAUGCACAACAAAUGAUACCAAUGCAAAGUAUAACAGUCGUGGUGCUCAGCUGUACAAGGAGAAGAUUAAAUCUCUUGCAACACAGGCAACAAGAAAGCAUGGUACUGAUCUGUGGACAGAUGGAUGUGGAACGCCACCUGUGUCACCUCAAAACAAAGAGGAAGAUUUUUUUGCAUCCCAUGUUUCUCCCAAGGCAAAGAAUACAGACUGGGUGUUAUCAGAGCCAGUUUCUGUACAGAAGAAUACUUCAGAAAAUAUUCCAGAAUGCCAUGAAGGACCAGAACAUGGACCAAGUGUUGAUUGCCUUAGUGUAUCACCAAAAGCUGCAUUAGAGAACACCACCUUCAUAAAAAAGAAGCCAAAUCAAGCUAAAAAGGGGCUCGGUGCCAAAAAAGGUGGUUUGGGGGCACAAAAAGUGAGCAGCCAAAGCUUUAAUGAGAUUGAAAAACAGGCACAAGCUGUAGAUAAAAUGAAGGAACAAGAGGAUCUUCAUAGCAGUAAGACAACGGAGAAGGAAACGCCACUCGUGUCAUCUUUGCGGUUGGCCUACAGAGAUCUUGAUAUUAAAACAAAAGAAGACAAGUUAAAUCUAUCUGGUAAGAAGAAAAGUGAAUUGGAGAGACUUGGCAUGGGGUUUGGCAGCAACAGAAGUGGCAUUUCGCACUCAGUCACCUCAAAUAUGCAAACAAUAGAGCAGGAAACGCCUGCAAUUACAAAGCCGAAGAAAAAAUACACCGAUGAUGUAGAUGACUUGUAUUUCUCUUCUAGUUCACGGUACUAUGAUUCUUCAGAUUUGAGGAGCAGUGCUUUCUCUAAAUGGGAUGACACUACAGAUUCUUUUUGGAAGAAAGAAAAUAACAAUAGAGAUGUUGAUGUAAUGUUAACUUCAAAAAGUACAGGAUUUUCAGACAGGCCUACAUCUCAUCGUAAGCCUGAAUAUGAACUAUCUUCAAACACAGAUGAAGCACAAAAAAAAUUUGGCAACGUGAAAGCAAUUUCAUCAGACAUGUAUUUUGGAAGGCAAGAUCAUGCCGAUUAUGAAGCACGGGCUCGACUAGAAAGACUUUCUGGAAGCUCAUGUAUAAGUUCAGCUGACUUGUUUGAAAAUCAGAAAAAACAACCAACAGGAAGCUACAAUAUUUCAAAUGUCUUGCCUUCAGCUCCUGAUAUAGCUCAGUUUAAACAAGGAGUGAAAUCUGUGGCUGGAAAACUUUCUGUACUUGCUAAUGGGGUCAUGACAUCUAUACAGGAUCGAUAUGGUUCAUAACAUCUUUGGUAUCGACUUAAUUAAGUACGUUUAAAGAAGGAUUUCUCUUCAGAUAUACAAGUAAUCACACUGCUGAUUCAAAUGAAGAUUGCCUUAAGACUGUUGAUAUUUUCAUUUUUUCCAGCAUAUUUGUUUACUUGUGCAGCUUUCUGGGUCAGCCUCUCCUUACUGCUCUUUCAUCUUUACAGAGCAGAAAUCUUGUUACAUUGCAUAUGUACGCCCGACGCCUUACAGUCUUGUAUUUCUUAGUGACCUUAAUGUUAGAUGUUGGAAGUUUAUUUUAUUACUGAUUUUAGCUGUGAGGCAGGAAGGAGAAAGAAGGAUGAACCAUACAUUGGUAAUGAGGCUUCCCAAUAGAAACCUCUGUACAGUUGCAUCCUUAGUCACCAGACAUUACUUGUUUUAUGACGGUUUUAUGAGCUAUGGAGAAGAAAAAUUAAGCAUAUGCUGAGGUGGUAUUUAGUGGACUGUAGCAAAAUAUAGAACUAAGUUAAACCUGCGCUUAUCAGGAAGUAGAAGCUCUUGCAGUCGUAAGUUGAUGUGCAUUAAAAUAAUGGGGGAUUAGUGUUUUAAAACAAUAUUCCUGCUAGAAAAUUAUGUGCAUAGAUGUGAGGUAUGGAGAUGACCAGACAUGUGGUAUAUUGAAUAGUGGAUUUCAUCUUGUCAUGGGAGCAAUCUAUUUAUUCAUAGUUUUAAAAGUUGCAAAAAAAUUGCAAUAUAGAAUCCUUAAGUGCUUUUUGAAAACCUGCAUUAUGUACAAAUCGGAAAAAAAAUAAAGGGCCUAAUAGAGCAGUUAAUUAAAUACUUGUUAAAAAUGUUUUGAACAAUCUUUGGUUUUUUGCUAAAUUAUGAAAUAUUGAAUGAAGAAAUAUAGUAGGACUGUGUUUUAGACAGUCUAGAAUUUAUCAUUGAUGAUAUCCUGUAUAAAAACAGUUAUGACAAGGAAUAAAAAACCUCCCAAGCAAAAAUUAGCUCAAGUUAAUUCUGUUCUGUAACUUUAUUUCUUGAUUCAAAUUUGUAAAUUGCUGAUACCUAAUAAAAGCAAUUGAUAUAAACUCAUUUUUUAAUUAAA